AUAAAUUAAAUUUAUUCGUCUCAAUCAACCGAUCAUCCACAAGCAAAAGCUACCGGUUUCUUCACCGGCAAAACUUUUCCGUAUACCACACAGCCGCAGAGUUAAAGACCUUGCAAGGACCUGAAGACAUAAUACUUUUCCUUUGUGGCUGACCAGAUUUGAGUGAGACUCUCUUGUUCAUGCUAGGGAGGCUGGUGGCUUAUUAUUGUCAGAUGAAGGAUAUUGCCCUAGAUUCAUAAGAAUGGGUUUCCUGGGCUAAAUAGUUCAUACUAGGGCUUUGUUGGAGUUGAUUUGAGCUUAAUAUUGGGCAUGAUGAUCAAAUGUCAUUCCAUUGGCAUAUCUUGUUUUGACACGACAUAAGUUGAUGUGAGGGCUUGGGAUGAGGACAUAUUGCAAGUACAGUCAUUAUCAGAAAGAUUGAUGGACACAAAAAUUCUAGUGGCUUCUUCUUAAUGGAACAUAUUUCAGUGAGACUGCCAUGGGAUGAGGGAACCAAAUUGGCCAUGUCUAUUUGGUGGUAUGGCUCGUCAAAGGAGUAGUCAAGUGGUUUAGCUUGUGUUCUUGUUUCCUAUUCAAUUUUGAGUAGUUCAAUAGGAAAGGUCCUAGAUAUCCAUCCCCAGUAUAAAUUUCUUUUCGCGGAGAGAUAAAUUUAUUGCUAACAUUCACGUACAAUGGGGCACAGAAAUUCAUUCAACAUGUCUCAGAUAUUUGGGACGGAAGAUGAUCAGAGAUGGAAUGUUCCAGAGCAGGCACCUUUGCCUUUCGCAAGGGCCGGUGUUCCGGAAGGCAGUAAUAUUGUUUAUCCAGUGGACAGUAUGUCAAUUGACGGGGCACACCAUUCUUCUCAGGGGCAUGCCUCUAGGCCAAGUGGAUAUUCUUCCUCGAAUCCAAAUAUGGAAAUUCCACACUGUCAGCCACAGGUUCAAGGUCCUUUUCAUGAUCCUUUUCUGCAUUCAGGUACUGGAGGCUUUCAUAUGAUCCAUGAGAAUUAUCCACAUCAAGCAUCUUCAUCAGCCCAUGGCGGCCAGACAUAUCAUGGGGUGGAUGGUGGCCUUGUUGACCUCACAAUGGGUAGUGGGAGAGGGCCGUACAAACGAAAGAGUCCUGGUAUACCUGCAGGUGGCGAAAGUGGUAGUACAAGCAGAUACUUCGAUGCUGGCAGUUCAUCUGAUCUCCCUUCUGAAUCUUGGCAGGAAAAACAAAAUCCAGACCCCCAUUACACAACUUGGGGUUUACAUCCUAGUUACAGAGGUAAUAGUCUGUCUAUUGGAGGUGAGGGUUCUCAGAGGAAUGUAAGAAGCAGAGCUGCAUUUGAUCUGCAAAAUAAUGUAGGAAGGGCACAUAUAACAAGUACUCCUUCACAUCACUCUAACAGCAGUAGAACGUCCACUGAUUAUUGUAGUUCAGUGAAUUAUCUAGCUCCAAGUUCGAAUUCUUCAGCAAGGGAAUGGAACCAUGCUGUCAUGCCCCCUGCAGCUGCUCAUGGGAGGAACUUUGCUCCUGAUGCAAGCUUCUUUUGUUAUGAUAUGAACCACUAUGAUAUGGUUACCGGCAACAUCUCUACCUCUCUGGAGAUGGGGAAUUACCACAAUGAUUUCACCUCCAACAGAAGUUCCCUUCCUCAACAUUUGCCUGGCAGCUUGCCAUCUUCAAGGGGAGUCCGAAGUAGCUACAGUCAAAGAUCUUCCUCUACUUUCAGGACUUCUUCAAGCUAUAUGCGUCAUGGGCAUGUUGGGACUUCAGAUGAUGGAUCACAGUUGUUUGCUGAAGGUUACGCCUCAAGACAUUCACGACCAUUGUCUACUCUAGGACUGCGUAGUAGUGACCGAAAUGGGAGAACUAGGGUAUCUAGUGAUAGGUACAGAUCAUUGGCUGGUGAGGCAGGUUUCCGUGAGCAACUUGCAUCUGAGGGUGUUAUUAUUCCAGACCGCUCUACUUAUUAUGGAUCCAGAAGCAUGUUUGAUCAGCAUAGGGACAUGAGACUUGACAUUGACGACAUGGGCUAUGAGGAACUUCUUGCUCUGGGAGAAAGAAUUGGCCAUGUCAAUACUGGCUUGUCGGAGGAACUGAUUUCAAAGUGCAUGACCGAGUCAAUUUAUUGUUCCUCAGACCAAAAUCAUGAGGAAGGAAAUUGUGUUAUCUGUUUGGAAGAGUAUGUUAACAUGGAUGACGUCGGGACAUUGAAAUCGUGCAUCCAUGAUUUUCAUGUGGGGUGCAUAAGAAGAUGGCUGUCAAUGAAGAACGUGUGUCCCAUCUGCAAGAAAACCGCUUUGGAUGACGACGACAUGAAAGAAAAAUGAUUUAUUUAGCUAUGACUUAUUGGGCAUUGAACUUGUGUAAAUAUGUAUUUAGAACAUUUCUCAAAUGGGGGAAAAACUAGUAUCACCUCAAAAGUUUGUACAGAAAAUGUUUUUCAUGUCAUCAGUCGUUUCUUUCAAAUGUGUAAAGAAUCUCCUUAUUA